GGCCGGCGCUGGCAAGGUAAGCUGAGGCGGCGGCGACCGCAAGGAAGGCAGGACCGGUCGUGGCGUUCUUGCUUCAAAUCCCCGCAGCCUGCUUGCGGAGAGAUCCACCGAGGUCGUGGUCGGAAAGUUUCCUGCCUCGUCGGGCACAGCCUGAGCUUGCCCCACUGGCCGCGAGUGGUGGAGGCUGCGGCGGACCCAACCCGGGGCCUCCAGGCCUCUCCCUCAACCUUCGGGCCAGUCUCCCUCCCCCACCUCUUCGUCCUCCGGGGUCUGCGGCUGCGGUCCCUGAGAUGCGACCCUCCCGGGGGCGAUCCUAAGGGGUUGUGCUGAGCGGCAGCCUAGAGCUCAGGCGUCCAAGAACCAACUUCCCGCCGACCCGGUUGUCCGAGCCUCCCUGGGGUAGCGCCUCGUUCAGUCCGCACCGGCCUGCGAAGCCGGGUCCCCGCCCUGGUCGCGGGGACGUCCGCCAGGUGCCCGGGAGUCCGGAUUCGGCUGUGCCAGAGCCCCUGCGGGCCUCCACCCCUCGUGCUGAGGACCGCCGCCUCGGCUCGUGCCUGGCCGGGGACCCUUGCCCACUCCCGGGYGGCCUCCGCGCAGCAGUGGCAAUGCAGACUGUCCCGCUGGCCCUCUAGAUCCCCUCGCCGUCGCCUUCGCUUCUCCACCCCCGAGGCCCUUGAGCACCAGCGGUGGCURCCCAGAGGUGCUUUGGCUACACCUUUCUUUGGCCUCGAAGGACCUUCCUGGCCGAACCAAACCGACCCUUCCUUCAUGCUGCAGUGCUGCAACGUUUCCGCCACCAAGGGGGAGAAGCGCCCGCGAUCUCAAACAAAACACAAGAAUUGGAGAGACAUCCCCAGUCUGUCCUCGAUGCCGUCUGCCUUGGCCAUCUUCACUUGCCGCCCGAACUCUCACCCGUUUCAAGAGCGUCAUGUCUACCUGGAUGAGCCCAUCAAAAUCGGCCGCUCGGUGGCACGCUGUCGACCAGCACAGAAUAAUGCCACCUUUGAUUGCAAAGUGCUCUCAAGGAACCAUGCUCUCGUCUGGUUUGAUCACAAGACUGGCAAGUUUUAUCUCCAAGACACUAAAAGUAGUAAUGGUACCUUUAUAAAUAGCCAGAGAUUGAGUCGAGGCUCUGAAGAAAGUCCACCAUGUGAAAUUCUCUCUGGUGACAUUAUCCAGUUUGGGGUAGAUGUGACGGAGAACACACGGAAAGGUACGGUUACCCAUGGGUGUAUUGUUUCCACAAUAAAACUUUUUCUACCAGAUGGUAUGGAAGCCCGGCUCCGCUCAGAUGUCAUCCAUGCUCCAUUACCAAGUCCUGUUGACAAAGUUGCUGCUAACACUCCAAGUAUGUAUUCUCAGGAAUUAUUCCAGCUUUCUCAGUAUCUACAGGAGGCCUUACAUCGGGAACAGAUGUUGGAACAGAAGUUAGCCACACUUCAGCGGCUACUGGCCAUCACCCAAGAGGCUUCAGAUACCAGUUGGCAGGCUUUAAUAGAUGAAGAUAGACUCUUAUCACGGUUAGAAGUUAUGGGAAACCAAUUACAGGCAUGCUCCAAAAAUCAGACAGAAGAUAGUUUACGGAAGGAACUUAUAGCAUUACAGGAGGAUAAACACAAUUAUGAGACAACAGCCAAAGAGUCCCUGAGGCGGGUUCUUCAGGAGAAAAUUGAAGUGGUUAGAAAACUUUCAGAAGUUGAGCGAAGUCUGAGUAAUACUGAAGAUGAAUGUACCCACCUGAAAGAAAUGAAUGAGCGGACUCAGGAAGAAUUAAGAGAAUUAGCCAAUAAAUAUAAUGGAGCAGUUAAUGAGAUUAAAGAUUUAUCUGAUAAAUUAAAGGUAGCAGAAGGAAGACAAGAAGAGAUCCAACAGAAGGGACAAGCUGAGAAGAAAGAAUUACAACAUAAAAUAGAUGAAAUGGAAGAAAAAGAACAGGAACUCCAGGCAAAAAUAGAAGCUUUGCAAGCUGAUAAUGAUUUCACCAAUGAAAGGCUAACAGCUUUACAAGUACGGUUAGAACAUCUUCAGGAGAAAACUCUUAAAGAAUGCAGCAGCUUAGGGAUACAAGUUGAUGACUUCUUACCUAAAAUAAAUGGGAGCACAGAAAAAGAGCACUUGCUUUCAAAGAGUGGCGGGGACUGCACUUUUAUUCAUCAAUUCAUAGAAUGCCAGAAGAAGCUGAUCGUAGAGGGGCAUCUAACCAAAGUGGUAGAAGAAACAAAGCUUUCAAAAGAAAACCAGGCAAGAGCAAAGGACUCUGACUUAUCAGAUACUCUGAGUCCAAGCAAGGAAAAAAGCAGCGACGACACUACAGACGCCCAAAUGGAUGAGCAAGACCUAAAUGAACCUCUUGCUAAAGUGUCCCUUUUAAAAGAUGACUUGCAGGGUGCGCAGUCAGAAAUUGAGGCAAAACAAGAAAUUCAGCAUCUUCGCAAGGAAUUGAUUGAAGCCCAGGAGCUAGCUAGAGCAAGUAAACAAAAAUGCUUUGAACUUCAAGCUCUUUUGGAAGAAGAAAGAAAAGCCUAUAGAAAUCAAGUUGAGGAAUCUGCUAAACAAAUACAAGUUCUUCAAGGCCAGCUGCAGAGGUUACACAUUGAUAUUGAAAAUCUCCGGGAAGAGAAAGACGGUGAAAUCACAAGCACUAGAGAUGAAUUGCUUAGUGCCCGAGAUGAAAUUUUGCUGCUUCAUCAAGCAGCUGCAAAGGCUGCUUCUGAGCGGGACACUGACAUUAUUUCUUUACAAGAUGAGCUUAAGAAGGUKCGAGCUGAGCUUGAGCGGUGGAGGAAAGCCGCAUCUGAGUAUGAGAAAGAAAUCACAAGUCUGCAGAACAGUUUUCAGCUUCGAUGUCAACAGUGCGAAGACCAGCAGAGAGUGGAAGCAACAAGAUUGCAAAGUGAACUAGAGAAGUUGAGAAAGGAAUGGAAUGUAUUGGAAACCGAGUGCCAUUCUCUAAAAAAGGAAAAUGUUUUGCUGUCAUCAGAACUGCAGCGGCAAGAAAAAGAAUUGCACAAUUCUCAGAAGCAGAGUUUAGAGCUUACCAGUGAUCUCAGCAUCCUUCAGAUGACUAGGAAAGAACUUGAGAACCAAGUGGGAUCCUUGAAAGAGCAGCAUCUUCGGGAUUCAGCUGAUUUAAAAACUCUUCUCAGUAAGGCUGAAAACCAAGCAAAGGAUGUACAGAAAGAGUAUGAAAAGACACAGACUGUACUCUCAGAACUGAAGUUGAAGUUUGAAAUGACUGAGCAGGAAAAACAAUCAAUCACAGAUGAGCUCAAACAAUGUAAAGACAACCUGAAGCUGCUCCGAGAGAAAGGAAAUAAUAAACCCUGGCCCUGGAUGCCCAUGUUGGCUGCCCUGGUUGCGGUGACAGCCAUCGUGCUGUAUGUGCCAGGUCUGGCCAGAGCUUCUCCAUGAGAGCGUUUCUUGAGUCCGUACACCGUCCUCCCUCUAGAAGCUGGCAUCACACUCAUGCUGGGGACAAACAGAACCAUUUUCUUCUUUUUUACCUCUUAAAACAGCAGAAGUGCAAGAAUACAACUGUAGGGUCAUUGCUUUAAAUUAUAUAAAAUGUAUCUGUCUAUAGAGAGAAUAUAAAAUUGUGAGUUUAUUCUACUGUAAGCAAUAAUUUGCUUGCAAUUUUUCAUGUAAUUUUUAAAAAGUAUGUUGAGAUUCUGAAUAUUAUGGUGGCCUAAUGUAGGCUUCUUGGUACACCAAAUUAUUUAUACCAUUAAAUUUAUGGGUAUUUUACUCUGAAUUCUGAUGGCCAGAUAAUUCAUUUUUCUGAUUCGAUAACUACCCAAACCAAACAACCUAUACAUACAUGGGAAGAGAGGCCCUGUGUACUCAGUGCCUAUCAGUUUGAAAUAUAUGCACAUAUAUAUAUAUUUUUUACAUAUUUACGCCAUUUUUACUUGUUAUAAAACCACUGAGCUAUUGGGAACAAGACUUAGAGACAACUCUUUGUGUGGGUUUUUUGUUUUGUUUUGUUUUGUUUUGUUUUUAAGGGAAAAAAAACAUUUGGAAAAUAUUCCGUUUUAGUGAUCAUUUGGGGAGUAUGUGCACGCUUGUUCUGCCUUAAUGUGACUUGAAGAUGUGGAGGACAUCAACUUUGAAAAGCUUUCCAUGAGAGUGUGUAUUUUCUUGAGCAACCUGAAGUAUUUCUGGGAGCAAAACAUAGUAAUUACACAAUUUCAGUGCAGUCAACCAAACUGUUGAGUCAAUUGGAAUGUAAUUUUAUUAAACCUCAUAUAUUUAAAGAGAUAUUUUCUUUACAAGCCAAGUUACUUUCUCAUAUACAACACUUUAGGAAGCAUGAUUUUUUUUUUCUAUCAUCUGUUCCUCCAAGCAUGUUUCAUUGAAGAAAGAAUUAUAUCUCUUUAGAUAAGCUUUUAUUGACUUAAUUUGGUUAUGAUGUUUCAGAGCUAAUUCAUGUUCAAGGUGAGCUGUAACUUAACAACAGGUUUCCUGGUUGGGUAUGCAAGUGGUUAUUUUCUUUUUAUUGUUAUUAAUUGGAACUUUCUGUUAAUUAGAAGCACUAUUCCCAAGAUUGAUAGUGUUCCAUGCACAGUGAAGCAUCUAAACACUGCUUGAUUUUAUAAAUUUAAAACACGGAAGUCAAAUUUUAGCUAUGGUUUUGUGCARCACCAUAGUUAUGUCAAUAAAGUUUAUUUAGGUCAUAGAAUAUCCUAAAGUAUCACAUAGUUAAAAUUUUCAGUCAGUAAAGACUGGGAGGGAAUAUCAGUGAAUUGGCUUGAAGGUUCUGUGGGAAUUCACAGGUCUAGCCAAAUAUUGAAAUAGGAGUUUAGGAUAUAAUUUGCCUUGUGAUGUUUGGCAGUUAUUGUUUAUACUUAAAGGUUAUAUUUUAAGCUAUUUGGGAUUGCUGUUGGGAGGAUCACUAGAUUUAUGGAGGAAUUAGUCACAAACGACUUAUAGAAAAUACUGUCAUAUAGUUCAUUUUCAUCAUUUUCUGUUGCAGGAAGCCACUUCACCACAGAAUGCUAAUAUGCCAGUGGUACCCAGUACCUCUUGUAUAUAGGUUAUUGCAAAUAUUGUUCUGAAAUGCUUAACUUCAGAAUUACAUUUUUUAAAGUAAAUAAUUGUUUGAAAUCUAUUUUGUAAAGAUAUAAAAGUACAAUAGAAUUUCUGGAGUACAGAUUAAACUAUUUGCACUAACACACGUGAUGUGCAUGAUUUAAUAAAAUAACUUUACUCUCCCUA